AUGGAGUGCUUCAAGAUCGAGGUUGAGCCGAAGUUCGGACACGAGUACAACUACGCAUACGAUGCUGAAGGGCCUGUGGUGUCUCAGAAGCAGAGACUGCUGUACGAUCUGCGAAAGCUGUUGAUUAAGCUGUCGCCUGGGGAUCCCUGUAUGAAGCACGUAGUGAAACAGGCCAAAAUCAAGGUGGACCAAGUACAGGUUGUUAAGCGCAAGGAAUCGGACGCGCGAUUUACAUCCUCCACUCCAG